UAUUUUCAACGCUAAACACGUUUAGGUCUGAUAUAACACGUGCUUCGCAUACAGUCGUCGACAACAGUUGUUUUGGUCUUCGGUUGGGAUUUACCGACGGAUUGAGUGUUUUGACCAUUUUUAGAGACAAUGAAUACAUUGGCCAACAAUCCGAUAGCUCUGUCCGAUUGCGGACAGUAUUUCAGUUACUGUACACUCGAUGGACAGCUCAAGAUAUGGGACACACUGUCUGGUCAUCUGAAACAGGAGUACACGCCGUCAUCGCAUCUGUCGGCCACUUGUGUGACCAUCAGUUGGCCCGACAGACACCCGCUGGCCGUCGACGACGACCCAGAGUGGACGCCCGACAAGUAUCCCGUGUCGGCCAUCCGUGCCAUCGACUCCACGAACGUCUUAAUCGCCGGCAAUUCAAUCAAAUGGUUAGAUUGGGAUAAGAAGAUAAUAUUAAGGAACUUCACGGGACACGCGUCUGAAGUGAAAUGCUUACGACACGUGAAACUGGCCGACAGUAACGAUAUCGUCGGCUCUUACUUUGUGUCGUCAGCCGUCGGCGAUAGACUAAUGAACGCCUGGCAAUUAAAAGCUGAGACCAAAACGAGACAAAAGUUGUCAAACAAUUCUUUGGCAUCAUUUUCAUUAGACGACGAACCCAUUAGUGUUGACAUCUCACCGAUUAAGACAACUAACCCCAUUUUAAUAACAGUUGUGACCAGAAGUGGUUUAUUAUAUAUAUUUGAACACAUUCUGAACGGACACCGAAAAACGCCAAUUAAUCCGAAAGUGACGAUUCGGAUCACGACGUCCAACGAUAGUCCGACGAAGAACUCAAUGUCAAAACAAUUAAACAUAUUAUCAGCUCAAGUAUGCAAUGAUAGGGAAAUAUUGUUAAUAUACGGCUCGCUAUUAACCCCAAUCUUCGAGCGAAUCAGUUAUGAAAAGUGUGAGAAAAACACGAUUUUAGUCCGAAAAGACACGUAUGAGUCCAUAAAGCCAUCACUUCUUGUCGACAGUGGGUUCACCAAAAUCAAGAGCCCAUUAAAGCCGAAGAACGCGACAGUUGUGGGACCGGCCGGUAUGGCCCCCACUCGGCAAUCAAUUGUCAUUAACAACAACACCAAUGAUAUCUCAGUGACAGUGGAUGUGAACAAUCAGUCAGAGACGAAGGAUAACCACAUAAAGCCGUCAAAAACCGCUAAACAACAGCCAACCGAAGAGCGUUUGAUGUCAUUCGAGGAUCGGUUGCGGUUAAACAGCGGCGAUCCGUCGGUCAGCGAUGGACACCAACAGCCCAGUAGUGAUAGUUUGACGCAUGUCUUAGUGCAAGGAUUGCAGAGCAAAGACAAGCGAAUGCUUGAGACAGUGUUCGGCAAUACGGACGAGAAGUUGAUCCGAAAUACGAUCAAAAAGUUGCCGAUUGACUGCAUUUCGCUGCUGUUAUACGAACUGCAGAGUUGUUUAUUCAAUAAAAGUGAUCAAACGAUGGUUUAUCUCAAAUGGUUGGAACAGUUACUUCAUUUGAGGCUCACGUUUCUCAUGAGUGUAAGCUUGCCAAAUAUAGAGGAAGAAUUUGCACCACUUCUUGAGCUGAUGAACGCCAGAACACAUAUCUUAGACCGUAUUUAUCGAUUAAAAGGACGAUUAAAUUUAAUGAUAUCUCAGGUAUUUAUACAGAGUUUUUGA